UUUGAUCUCGGGUCCCUGUCGACCUCGACGAUCCUGAAAUAUUUGCAAACAUAUAACUUGGCUCCAGUGGUUCAGCCUUCUCCAUUGUCCGCGCAACAUCCUAGCUCGCCAACCACUGCCCUCUUGAAGCCUCCGGGAAGUCAAAGUCGUUCCAGAGCUCAAGGCCAAGGGAAAUACUGGGAAGAUGACAUGAGGAAGAGCGUAGGCCCUAACGGCAUAACUGCAAAUGGCCAAUAUCAUAACAAUACUUCCGCACUCGGCCUAUCGUCCACUUCUCUAGGUCCUCCCGUUGCAAAUGACACCACGGCCUUGUAUGACAUUGAAGAAGCGAGAAUGGCACUUAUCCGAAUAGCCCAGGCCCAUUGGGAUUCAAAUAAUCUAGGAUACGGACCAACAUAUACAAGCGCCCCGGCCAGGAUAAACGAACGAGAAGUGAUUGAGGAUUUCAUGAUCGCCCUGCGCGCGAAAGGCAAGUUCCUUGAUUUCCAUUACUUUCAAACUCCGAGACUGACGGAUUGUAUUACAGAAUUAGCCAUCCGUUUGACCAUAUAG